CCUCGUUCGUUUUAUACGCCAGUCAGACGGCAUGCUCGAAGGACUUCGGGGAAUUUUCAUUUGCAAAAAAUGACCUCUGACAGCCGUGUCAGACGGCAGCUCAAAGGACCUUUCUAAGAAAUGACCAUCAACGCGAAAGCAGGCCCCCAACGACAUUUGAGGAGCAGAAAGGAGCAAUCUCGACAACAGUGUUAUGCCAUUGUACCCUCCCUACCUUCGCAGCUGUAUGUAGGAACACCUAUAAAACGCGGAUAAUGGAGUGAAACUGUGUAAACGUAUUUAGAUCAUAUUUAGAGAAGUGCAUAUGGCUUCUCCAUCUUGAUUUGUGGCGCAAAGACCAACUUCAAAUUUCCACAGCAGACAGGGAAAACGAAACCGAAAAAGGGAGCCGGUGAGGGCAGUCAGUUGAGGAGCACUCCUUUCCCGCCUGUCUGGCAGGCGCCCCCGAACAAAGGUCAUUUGAGAGGCCGAAGGCCAUUUCUCGCAAUUGACAUUUGAAAUGCUGUCUGACUAGGGUAUAAAUCGUCACGAGCGUUCAGUAAAGGCUAUUUCCGAAACGUUCUCGUUAGAUCGAUGCAGAAGCGGAUAUAUAGAGGGAGGCGUGUCCGGAUGUCCUGCCCCCUGUUUCGAUUUCUGUCUUCACAUGUAGCCUGCUGUCCUGUAGCCUGCUGUCCUGUAGCGUGCUGCUGGGGCGGGACCCUCACCUCCCCCCUUCUGUAAAAUACUGGAUCCGCCCGUGGAUAGCAGAAACGGUAUUCAAAGCCCGAGUCAAUGCUGACGAAACAGCAUUAGCGGAAACCACUUGACCCAGAGACGCGCGCUUAUCGUGCCCAAUGUUAUCAGUUGCAAGUGUUCGCCCUCUUCCGCGAGGAAAAGGGGUGUCGUUUGCUUAGAUUUCAACACACGCAAAAUAAACCUCAGAAGGGCAAAGCCAGCGAGCAAACGAAUGUGCUAGAUGGAACCCAUGCGGUAGGCAGCUCCUCAGAGCUAUCAACUAACCAACCUGCCAGGCGAGCAGCAGCAUGACUUUCGCCGCUUGGCGACGGCUUUGCGUAAGGUCACGAUGGAGGCGGUUGCAGGUCAUACACAGAGAGCUCAGCUACUACCACCGUCACCCACCGGCAGCUCCGCUUAUUGCCAUGACGAUGGCCGAUGCCAUCGACCGGGCAGCCGCCACUUACGGUGACAACGUUGCCAUCACAUCGUGUCAUCAAGGCUUAAAGAAGACGUACACUCAGUACAAAAAUGAUGUUGAUCACCUGGCAGCCGGUUUUGUGUCCCUUGGUCUUCCUGUAGGCUCUACAGUUGGAAUCAUUAUGGCCAACAUGUACGAGUGGGUCGUCGUCCAGUUUGCUGCAGCGAAAGCUGGGCUCGUUCUGGUGAACGUCAACACAGCGUACAAGGUGCCCGAACUAGAGUACUGUCUGACUAAGAUUGACUGCCGUGCUCUCGUCAUAUCCGACAAGUUUGCCAGACAGGACUAUUAUCGCAUGCUUCUCGAAAUAGCUCCAGAAUUGGAAACGUCCGUAGCCGGAGAACUCAGAAGUUCAAGACUGCCACUGCUGAAGCACGUAAUCAUGAUGAGCAACGACAGCAAGCCAGGAACACUCUCGGAAGCAGACCUCCUGGACUCCGUGACCGGAGAGCACCGUCAGGAGAUGCACAAGAUCUGCUCCCGGAUGCAGUUCGACGCACCCGUCAACGUCCAAUUCACCUCGGGUACAACCGGAAAGCCCAAGGGUGCCCUUCUGUCUCACUUCAAUGUUCUCAAUAAUGCCUACACAGUUGGGCGCAUCAUGGGCUUUCAUAAACAGCAUGACUCCAUCUGCUUGAACGUUCCUCUGGUCCACUGCUUCGGCUGUGUCCUAGGUACUAUUUGCGCUGCGCUCUUUGGAUCUACGGUGGUCAUGCCAGCUCCCAGUUUCAAUGGAGCGGCCGCAUUGAAAGGCAUUGCUGCUGAAAAGUGCACAACGCUGUAUGGGACGCCGACCAUGUUCAUUGACAUGAUGCGAGAACUGGACACUCCUGGUACUUCAAACGAUGUUUCAUCUGUCUCGAAAGGUAUCAUGUCUGGAGCUCCUUGUCCACCAGAAGUCAUUAAGGCGGCCAUCCACAAAUUGAAUGUGAAGCGGAUGCAAAUCAUUUACGGUGCCACAGAAUGCAGUCCCGCUAUUACAGCGGCUGACCCCAGCGAACCUCUCGAGAAAUGGAUAGACAGUGUUGGAAAAGCAAUCGACCACGUCGAGGUAAAGAUCGUGGACAGGGAGAAUCGUAUAGUCCCGUUCGGCACGAGGGGAGAACUGUGUGUCAGGGGUUACCUUGUCUUCCCUGGUUACUACGGGGAUGAGCAGAAGACGCGAGAAGCAGUCAAGAACAACUGGUAUCAUAGUGGCGACGAAGCCAUUAUGAGCGAGGAUGGUCAGGUGGCAAUUUGCGGACGUGUGAAGGAUAUGAUCAUCCGCGGAGGUGAAAACAUUUACCCGCGAGAGAUUGAAGAUGUUCUCUACACUCAUCCACAUAUUGGAGAAGUGCACGUCUGCGGCGUUCCGGAUGCCCGACUGGGUGAAGAAGUUUGCGCGUGGAUCAAAACGAAAACUCGGAAGACUUUAGAAGAGAACGAUGUUAAAAGCUUCUGCAAGGAAAGAUUAAGCCACUUCAAGGUUCCCAAGUACAUCAUGUUCGUCGACGGCUUUCCCAAGACUGUAACUGGCAAAAUCCAGAAGUUCAAAAUGCGAGAAGAGUCGGUGCUCAAGUUGAAGCUGAAAGAAUGAACAACUCUCAAACUUCAGUGUGUAUUUAUUUGUCGAUUUAUAGAGUUUCUGGACAACGACUUUUCUUUCCUAAACACGUAAAAAUUUAAAAUAAAUAAAUCGGAAUGAAAUGGUGA